AUGCAGCCAGGCGAGGAGGAAGCUGCACUGCAUGAUGCACUGAAGGAGCAGUUAGCACAGGAGCCCACAGAUGAAAAGGACAGGCUGCAGAAAAGGAGGCUUUUGGAAGAAUUUCCUGACUUAAAAAGGAAGCUUGAAGAACACAUCAGGAAGUUCCGAGACCUGGCUGACCAUCUUGACCAGGUGCACGAGGGCUGCACCAUCUCCAAUGUGGUGUCCGGCUCUGUCGGCACUGCCUCUGGAGUCCUGGGCAUCCUUGGAUUAGCUCUGGCCCCCUUCACAGGAGGGGCCAGUCUGCUGCUCUCAGCAACUGCAGUGGGGCUAGGAGCAACAGCAGGUGUGACAGGUGUCACCACCACCGUUGUGGAAGAAUCAAUCAGAGUGUCAGAUGAGGUUGAAGCCAGGCGCCUAGUUGGGGCCAGCCAGAAUAUACUUAAGGAGAUUUUGAAGAUCAUCCCUAAGUGUGCCUUCAAAUCACUUAACACAGGUGUGGAUUUAGUCAGUGCCUGGAAAACCAUAGGUCAGCAGAUCCGUGCCAUCAGGGCGGCCAGGACCAGCUCUCGCUCAGGAACACAGGCCUGGAAUCUCAGAAACUUUACCCAAGGUUUUGAGCAGGUGGGAAAUGCCUUGUCUGGCUUGGCUCUUCCAAUGACCAGAGGAGCCAGAUUUAGAGCAGCAGGCUUAACUCUUGUCUCACUUGGAUUGGAUCUGUAUCACCUUGUGACUGACUCAAGAGAUUUGCACAAUGGGGCAGCAACAGAGUCAGGGGGAGCACUGGGGGACCUGGCUCACAAGCUGGAGGAGAAGUUGCAGGAAUUUGAGCAGAUCCACAUGGAUCUGCAGUCAUACCUGUAG